CUGAGCGCCAUGGAGCGGCGCGGUGGGGGCGGGGCCUCGCCGCAGCCCCGGCAGGCUCGGGAGCACUGCCCCGGGGUCAACAAUCGUCCCUACGUGUGUGAGACCGGUCACUGCUGCGGGGACAGCGGCUGCUGCACCUACUACUAUGAGCUGUGGUGGUUCUGGCUGCUCUGGACCAUCCUGCUCCUGCUCAGCUGCUGCUGUGCCUACCGGCACCGUCGGGCCAAGCUGCGGCUGCAGCAGCAGCAGAGGCAGCGCGAGAUCAACCUCAUUGCCUACCAUGGGGCCUGCAGCUACCCCAGCUCCAUGAUGGACCUCAGGCUCUUGGCCUCCUUCAAGCUGCCGGCAUACGAGGAGGUGACCCACGGCCCCGGUUCUCCGCCGCCGCCGUACAGCGCAGUGCUGGUGCCAUACAGUGCGGUGCUGGUGCCGCGCAGCAGCAGCCUCAGCUCCGAGCGCUGCAGCAGCUGCUCCUGCGGCUGCAGCUGUGCCACAUCCCCCAGCAGCACAUCCCUGUCGGCACCGGGCACCGACGCCACCAGCACCACCAGCGAGGACGGCGGCAGCAGCGGCACCGGUAGCACCGGCACCGCAGGCAGCUGGGAGCUGCCACAGCCCUGCGGCCUCACCUCCAGCACGGACUUGUGUGAGGCUGACGCGCAGCCAUGCUCAGACAUCGAGGAGGGUGAGGAGGAGGAAGGUGCCGCGCUACGGGACGAGGGCACCGGCGGCACCGGGGAGCACUUCCGGCACCGGCGGCUGACCGGGGACUCUGGCAUUGAGGUGGGACGGUGCCAGGAGGAGGAGGAAGAGGGUGAAGGCUCCCGGCUGCUGAGCAAGGCCAGCCCCAGCCCCCCACCCCCCUACAGUGAAGGGCCCAGCUCCCCAGUGCUGCCCAUCUGAGCCCACCCUGGUGCUGCCCCACAGCUCUGCUGCUGCCCCACAGCUCUGCUGCUGCCCCAUGGCUCCCCCCGGGGUCUGGACUCUCCUAUGGAGCCCCUGGGGGGCCUGGGCCCCAUCAGCCCCCCCAGCACCCACUGAGCCUGAACUGCUGCCCAUGGUGGGGGGAAGGACUGGUCAGGUCUGUAGCAUUGUUGCCAUUAAAGAGCUGUGGCAGCAC